AUGAGCGGGCGCGGAGGUUUCAACCGUGAUGGUGGCCGUGGCGGCGGUCGUGGAGGUCGCGAUGGCGGCCGCGGAGGAUUUAACCGCGAUGGUGGCCGUGGUGGCGGAAAUCGCGAUGGUGGCCGUGGUGGAUUCAACCGUGAUGGCAACCGCGGCGGAUUCAACCGUGAUGGCAACCGCGGCGGUGGCAAUCGUGGUGGCGGCCGUGGCGGUGCACGUGGACGUGGUGGCCGCGGUGGUGCUCCAGUCAAAACCGGACCAAAUGUUAUCCAACACAAAUUCGCCGGAGUUUUUGUUGAAACAAACAAGGGCAACAUGCUCCUUACUCAGAACAUGAAUCCAGGCAAAACAGUAUAUAACGAGAAAUUAGUUACAGUUGAUGGACAAAACGGAACAACCGAAUAUCGCGAAUGGAACCCAUACAGAUCAAAGAUUGGUGCUGCCUUACUCGUUGGACUUGAGCACUUUGGUAUUUGCCCAGGCGCAAAAGUUUUAUAUCUUGGCGCCGCUUCAGGAACAACAGUUUCCCAUGUAUCAGAUAUUGUCGGACCAACAGGUCGUGUUUACGCUGUAGAGUUCUCACACCGUGUUGCAAGAGACCUUGUUUCUCUCGCAAAACUUCGUCCAAAUAUUGUUCCAAUCAUUAACGAUGCAAGAUACCCGAACAAGUACCGUAUGCUUGUUCCAAUGGUUGACUAUAUGUUUGCUGAUGUUGCUCAACCGGAUCAGGCUAGAAUCUUUGCUAUCAACGCGAAUAACUUCUUGAAAUCUGGCGGCGGCUUCAUGCUUUGCGUCAAGGCUUCUUGCGUAAACUCAUCAGAAGAUCCUGAGACCAUUUACCAACAAGCUCAAGAAGAAUUAACAAAGGAAGGCUUCAAAUGCGAAGAAAAGGCAAAUAUCGAACAACAUCAUCGUGGCCAUGCUUGUAUCAUUGGAACAUAUCGUCCAAAACAAUAA